CCCCGGAUCGCCCCCUUCCGCCCUUGGCCCCUUGCACCGCCGGACUCCCAGACCUCCUCGCCAUGGCAGCCGCCGCGCUCAAGGCCCAGCUCAACGCCCUCCUCGACUCCAUGUUCACCACGGGUAUUGUGGACGAGGCUUUCCAACACCUGCGGUCGGUGGAGCAGGAGGGCUUCCUCGCCGAGGUCGUCAACCUCUUCCUCCAGGACGCCGACAACAUCCUCAACGAAGUCGCCCACCUGCUGAACCAGCCCGUGGUGAACUUCGGCAGGGUGGGCGCACUGGUGCAUCAGCUCAAGGGGUGCAGCGCCAGUGUUGGUGCUAAGAAAGUGAAUCUCUCCUGCACCCACUUCCGUCAGUUUUAUGAGGCACAAAGUAAAGAAGGGUGCCUCAUGGCAUUGGACCUUGUUAGGAAUGAGUUUUAUGAUGUGCGCAACAAGCUACAAACAAUGAUUCAGCUGGAGCAGCAGAUCGCGGCCAUGGGUCCUCAGUAGUAGCAAUGGAAGCCGAAAGAUACUGGCCCUAUGUGAUUCCUGGCAUGUAGAUGGUGUUCAAGGACUGUCUGGGUUUGGAGGGUGUGCUCAUAACCCUGUUAAAGAAAAUUGUUGUCAUGUGUGUCUGUCAACUAUAUGUACUUGCGUGUCAUGAUUGCCCGCAGGCUAUGUGUAAACUUUAUGCUUUUUUUUAGGGAACUGUAAAAAAAAUUUCGAAACGGAGGCAAAAGUUUUGCCUGAUCGAUUAAUUAAGAAGAAGAGAAUUGCCCAGUUAAUUUA